AUGCCCGGCGAAUGGGCUCUCGGAACUGGCAAAUUCCGGCAGCUCGCCGUCGUCUGCCUGGCCACGCAGACGAAAUGGUGGAAAUUUUUAAUGGCGGUGGCCAAAUCGGUGAAGAUCAGCUGGGGCAUCCAGUGGUUCGAAACCCGUAAGGCUGCCUGGAUCAUGGCCACGACGCUAUGGGGUGGACACGUGUUGCUGGCCGUGUACAUCGGCUUGAGCGCGCCGAUAAACCUGACGGAAAGCCGGAAUGGACUCGAGUGGCAAACCGAUGAUUACGACAAGAUUCUGGGCCACUACGCGUCCUGCAUGUGCCCGUCGGCCGGCCUGAUCGCUCUUGUGAUCCAUGGCGUUUGGUUGUUCCGGGCCGCCUGCCAACCGGCAACCCGCGAGCGAAUCGGGGAUGGCCUGCACGUCCGAUUCACCAUGCCGUUCGUGAAUGGCAUCGCGGCGCUGUGGAGCAGUCUGCCACUAUUGUAUAUGUGGCUGACGAUGCAGACCACGCUGAAGAAGUUAGACACUCCGAUGUAUCGGAUGUUGUUGAACUUUGGCAUUGGGCUCGAUGCGGUCUUCACCGCCUGGAUCAAUGCUGCUCUGUACCGGAACAUCAUCUUGUGCCGGGGCAGCCCCCGACAAGAGGCGGUGGAGGAGCUUCCACUUGAGGAAGUCGUGGUCCGGGAGGCC